AUGGCGGCGGAGCGGGGGCUGCCGGGGCUGGAGGCCCAGAGGCGGCAGGUAGAGGGGGAGGGGCCCUGCCAGCUUGGGCUGGAGCGGCCGCUGCGAGCGGGAGAGAAGUGGUAUCUGCUGGAGAAUCACUGGUACAAGCAGUGGAAAGCCUACGUGGAAUCUGGAGACCAGAACUCGAGCUCUUUCCCCGGACGGAUCAACAAUGCCGAGCUCUUUGAAGAUUUGGAGUCGUACCAGUUGAAAGAUCGGCUGGUGGAGCAUGAGGAAUACAUUCUGGUGCCGGAGGAGGUGUGGGAGAAGCUGGUGAGCUGGUAUGGCAUUGAGCACGACCAGCCGGCCAUUGAGCGCAAGGUCGUGGAGCUUCCGAGCAUGCAGAAGGUGGAGGUUUACCUGGUGGAACUGUACCUCUGCCAGCACAACGACAUGGAUAACCAUGUCGUGGCUCAGUUCAGCCGCAUGGACUUGAUUGACACAGUGCUGAAGGAAGCGCGGCGACAGUUUUCCGUUCCGACCGAAGAUGAGACCAGGCUCUGGGUGAAAAACGCCGACGGCUCCUGUGAGAGGCUGCGGAACUUGCAGAUGACGGUGCUGGACGCCUGCCUCAGUUCAGGGCAGGUGGUGAUAAUGGAGACCCGGAGUAAAGAUGGCACCUGGCCCAGCUCUAGACCACAUACCAUGAAGAAUUCCGUCGACGAUGAGGAACUGUACCAGGGCCAGCCCGGGGUUUGUGGCCUUACCAACCUGGGCAAUACCUGCUUCAUGAACUCGGCUUUGCAGUGUCUCAGCAACGUGCCCCCUCUGACCGAGUACUUCCUCAACAAUCGCUACCUGGACGAGCUUAACUUCAGCAACCCCCUGGGCAUGAAGGGCGAAAUUGCCGAGGCGUACGCUGACCUCAUCAAGCAGCAGUGGUCUGGCCACCACCGCUCCAUCGUGCCCCGCAUGUUCAAGACCAAAGUGGGCCAUUUUGCCUCCCAGUUCCUGGGCUACCAGCAGCAUGACUCUCAGGAGCUUCUGUCUUUCCUGCUGGAUGGGCUGCAUGAGGACCUCAACCGGGUCAAGAAGAAGGAGUACAUAGAGCUGAAGGAUGCAGCAGGGCGGCCGGAUGAGGAGGUAGCAGAUGAAGCCUGGCACAACCACAAACGCCGCAACAACUCCAUCAUUGUCGACAUCUUCCACGGGCUCUUCAAGUCGACGCUGGUGUGCCCCGAAUGUGGCAAGGUUUCCGUGACCUUUGACCCCUUCUGCUACCUCAGUGCCCCCCUGCCCAUCAGCAAGGAGCGGGUGAUGGAGGUUUUCUUUGUGUCCAUGGACCCCUGCAAGAAACCCGAACAGCAUAGACUGAUUGUCCCCAAAGCUGGGAAAGUGCUGGACCUCUGCCGCACCCUGUCCAGGCACACGGGGGUGCCUCCCGAACGGAUGAUGGUGGCGGAUGUGUUCAGCCACCGCUUCUACAAGAUCUACCAGAUGGAAGAAUCCCUCAGUUGCAUCUUGGAUCGGGAUGACAUCUUCAUAUACGAGGUGUCUGUGUCCACGCUGGAAGACCCGGCCACAGCAGACGCCGUGGUGCUGCCCGUGUACCUUCGGGAGCGCACCCAGGGCCGGGAGUACAGUGACACCUACUACGGGGUGGUGCUCUUUGGCCACCCGCUCCUGGUGUCGGUGCCGCGGGACCAGCUCUCCUGGGACGCCCUCUACCAGCUCCUGCUGCAUCGGCUCUCCCGCUACGUGACACGGCCAGACUCCGAGGAAGAGGAGGAUCCAAGCGAGGAGGAGGACGAGGAGGAGGAGGACCUCUACAAUAAGAGGCCCAACGGGCUGAGUGAAGGUGAGUACAUGAGAGCAUUAGACGAACUUUGCCGAAUCUGGCCAAGGGAGGAGGAGGAGGAGGAGGAGGAGGAAGAAACGACGCCGGCAGAAGCCUCCACCAGCCAGGAGCCCAGCAAAGAGGUGGAGGAGAACCCCUCAGACGCAUCGGCGGGAGAGGACGGGGCUGGGGUGGAGGGCAGGCCCAGCCCCAACCCCUCUCCCCCCCGGCCAGCCCAACCUCCCCGGACUCCCUGUUCCAGCCCCAGCCCCCCCACAGCCAACCAGGCCAAGCGCAAAUGCUGCCUGCCCCAGAAACGGCGGAAACUGCUCUUCACCCUCCAGCCUGUCAAUUCGAAUGGUACCAGUGAUCGGAUGGCUGGCCAGGACGAGGGCAGCACUGUCUCCUUCAACUCCCAACCGUACGUUGCCAUGGAUUGGGACUCUGAAAUGAAGAAGCUGUACUACAAUGAGGCAGAGGCUGAGGGAUAUGUCAAACACGACUGCAUGGGCUACACACUGAAGAAAAAUCCAGUCAGGCUACAGGAGUGCAUCGAGCUGUUCACCACUGUGGAGACGCUGGAGGAGGAGAACCCCUGGUAUUGCCCCACCUGCAAAAAGCACCAGUUGGCCACCAAGAAGCUGGACUUAUGGUCCUUGCCGGAGAUCCUGAUCAUUCACCUCAAGCGCUUCUCAUAUACCAAGUUCUCCCGGGAGAAACUCGACACCCUUGUGGAGUUCCCUAUUCGGGACCUCGAUUUCUCGGACGUUAUCAUCAAGCCAUGGAAAGGCACUGACCCCAUGCUGUACAAAUACGACCUCAUUGCUGUGUCCAACCAUUAUGGUGGCCUACGAGAUGGGCACUACACUACGUUUGCCCGGAACAAGGACAGCGGGACGUGGUUCUAUUUUGACGACAGCAGUGUGUCUGCGGUGUCAAAGGCCCAGAUUGAGUCUAAAGCGGCUUAUGUCCUGUUCUACCAGCGCCAAGACAAAAUCCGGCACCCCGUUCCCCCCGCUGCGUCCACAAGCACAGCUAGUAGCACAGAUCAGGAGGACUAUGGGGCCUGCUGCGAUUCCCAUCCCAGAGACCAAGCGAGUCGGGACUUCAUGGACGUGGACUGACCGUGACCCUACCUGCCCUUCUCCAUUCGUGGCAGGAGAAGGCGGGAGGGACGGAGGAUGAGAGCCACGCAUCUUCCUUUCCUCAGACUGAAGCUGGCGGUUGGAUUCUCUGCAGUGGCCGUGGCGGUUUUCUCAGGCCUUCGAGUAGGGUUAGGGCAGGGACAGCGGACUCGAGAGAUAUCUGGGCCCCUGCCGUGCAGGGCCCCUUGCUUGCACGGAGCUUUCCCACUCUGAAAUGAAAAGCUUGGGUCUUACCCCCCACCCCUUCCCACACGGCCAGUGUCUUGCACCAGUGUUUUCCAAGAUACAAAGGUGACGGGGUGUGUGUGUGUGUUCUUCUUUCCUCUCCCGAAAGCGAGGAGCCAUUCUCAGGACCAGACCUCCCGUGUGGAGGUGGGAUUGCUCGGCGCAUCAUUCCCGCUGAGCCCUGGCAUGUGCUGCCCACUUCCCCCUCUGGCAUCAGGGUCGCUGGCCUUGUUCUGCUGCUCUCGAUUUCAAACUCUUGCCUCUAGUUAGCUACAGCUGGCUCCUGUCCUUGGGAGGACUUUACAAAAGGUAUUCAUUGCUCCUCUGUGGUCUACAGCCAACUCAAUACUUUCCCCACACCUUGGUCAUUGUAUGGGGCUAGGUAGCUGGCCCCCUCUCUCCCUCCACCUACCUCCCAAGUGCCUCCUCCUCUCAGCUCCUUCUGCCCCACCCCCAAAGCAAUAACUGCAAUAUCAUCCCACGGCGACUAUCUGCUCUCACAGGCAACAGUCCCCGGCAUUCUGAGCACGCAUGCUCUCUCGUGUGUGUGUGUGUGUGUAUGUGUAGAACAGAUUCCUGCUCCUCAGAUUCCUCACUGGCGAUGGUGUUCGCCAACGUGCUGCUUCCGAGUCUCGCAUCAAAGCCUGGGUUGGGGGAACUGAGUGACUUUCUGCCUGUGCUGUCUUACGGAGCAAGGGGGGGGGAACCUCUCCACCAUGACCAGCUCUGGGGGGUUUCUUCUCGACGGCCCCAGUCCCUGAGGCUGGGGUGUGGCAGGCAUCCUCCUUGCCCCAGGGAAGUAUUGGAGUUCUUCCCCUCUGCCGAGUGUCUCUGCUGCCAUCGCUGCUACUGCUGCUUCCAGGCUCAGGGAUUGCGCUAAUCUGUAAAUAGGUUUCUGCGUGCAAUGUGGCGGGGGGGGAGGGGGGGAUACCAACGGAGGCAGUGUUGACCAAGCACGGGACACUCGCAGCCUGCAGAAGCACAUAGUGUAUUUUCUUACUUAAAGAGGUUGGGAAGAAAAUUCUUUCACUUGACUCUAGGGGCUUUUUUUUCUUUUGAAGUGUUUUUUUU